AAUGUAUCAAUGAAUCAACGAGAUACUUAUCUUGUAAAUGAAUUAAUCUUCAGACAUAUUCCACGUUUAAGAGCGGUUUGACAAAAAGACACUACCAACCGACGGUAAUAAUUCAAAUCGCGUGAGCUCGCGAAUUGGAUCGAUCGUUCGAGCUCACGCGUGCACACACCGGACUGGAGCCGGCAACCGGCUCAUAACAUUGCAAUUGGCGCUUUAACAGUUUGAGGUUACAAACACGACGAGAUCGCCCCGAAAAGUUUUCAUGUACCAGUCGACUGUGUGUGGACAUUCAACUGAGUGAAUGAUACCCCGUUCAAUUGUGCCUAUUUUUGUGUUGAUUGUUGACCUGUUAGGAGUUUUACUGUUUGUAAAGUGAUUAAAAAAAUAAUAAAAAUGACGAGGCACGAUUUUAGGGUGAAAGUCGACCUGUCUCGCGUUUUCAAAGACGCUCGACGAUACAGCUGGAUAUUCGUCGAUAGCACCAAGAUUUUCGAUGUCAGGCAUUUGGCGAAUCGUGUGCAGGAGGUUUUCGGUGUGAGUCAGCCCUUUCAUCUGUUGUCGACGCACGAGGACACCAAUGUUUUUCUGCCCUUGGACGAAGAUGUCAGGGUGUUGGAAAAUAAUGACACUGUUCUGAUUGUACCUGGUACUGGUAUCAAUGAGUCUAGUGAAGUAAGUAGUGGAGUAAAGAGAGGAAUGAACUAUGAGGAACUGGAAAAAGACAUUAGUGUCAAAUAUAAACAUCCACGUCAUGAUCCUGAAUUAAAUUUCCCCAAUGGUUUUGAAAAAGAAGAAUUUGAGACAAGCAAAAUAAGUCAAAAUUUAGAUGCAUCUACUCCAUAUUUGUCGGAUAAGUCAUACAUGACUACAAACAAUAUAACAAUUAAUAAGACAGAUCUGGCAGCAAAUAGCUUUUAUCGCACUGCUUUACAUGACACAAUGGAAGUUGAAACAAAUGAUUCUAAAAUGGCUGUUAAUGGUGACAACAGCGUCAAUAGUGUGAAUGAUGAUAGUUUAGUAUCUACAAAAAGAAAAAGAGUUCGUUCAAGGAAAAAGAAGACAAAAGAUGCAACUAUAUCUGAAAGUGAUAUAUCCAUGAAUGAAACUAACAAUAAAAAACCAAAAGUGGUUAGUUCUGUUUUGUUGCCAUCUGGAAAACAUAUAAGGUUUGAAGGACUCGAUGAUGAUAGUAGCGAAUUUUCUGAAUCUAACAAUUCAACCAUAAAUACAAGUAGUAAAACACAAGUAAAUGGUAGUAAUGGAGUUAAGAAUAAUGCUGCCAUUAAAAAUGAUUUAUCAAAUUUACUUAGUAUGGGGCAAAGUUCAACACCUUUGACAUUCUCUUAUAAAAAACCAAGAAAAGAAAUGAAAAUAAGUGAAAAGUUGAUUGAAGUCAGUGAUAGUAUGGAGUAUCAAAACUUCAGUAAUAAACAAGAAAAUCAGAACUCCAGUAUAAAACAAGCAAAUGGGCAGGAAAAUUCCCAAUUGGCUCCUCCAGCAACACCUGAACCUGAUACUUAUUCCUUUAAGGUCUUCAGAAUAUCAGAAAAUUAUACUCCUCAAGUGUCUAGCGUUAUUCUAGGAAGAAUUUUAGCUCGUUCUAAAGAAGGAUCUCAAUUGACAAUGAAAAUUUUACAUGGCAAAGACCAAUUAAGAGAUCCUGAGGGAAAAUUUGCUUUACCAAAAGAAGAUGAAGAAGAUGAAGUUGACAAAGAUAAUGAUAUUAUAACUAUAGAGAAAGAAAAACUCUUAGAGUUCACUAAAAUCAAAGCAUUAGAUACAUCUCUAUAAAAUUUUUACAAAGACACAAGAUUCUAAGUCUAUGAUGUUACAAAUUUGUUUUUUCUUAGUUUUGUAAGUGAUGAUUGUGUUUUGUGUUUAACUUUAAGUAACAUAACUCUUUGUGAUAAAAUAAUUGCGAUGACUCUUUAGAACUUUAAAGUUU